GACUCCGCCCCUCCGCAGCUGCACUACCACAGACCGCCGCCGACACAGCACAACCAAGCGCACCUCGUCGCGAACGACAACACAGUACAAUGGACCUCCAUCGGACCAGUAUAUUGAACCAGAUGGAUUAUAACCGAGAGUCGAAGGACGGGAAGGCGGCUCCGUCGACGGACGAACGGCUGGACAGCGGCCUGGACUCGCUGAAGGAGGAGGAGUACCAGGCGGUGGCGGAGGAGAUCCGCCGGCUCCGGGUGGACUCUGAGCCGCCCCAGCACAAACACGCUCCCCCAGACAACAAGGAGCAGCAGCCGGAGUGGAAAACACAGAUCACGGAGGACGGAGACACGUUGCUCCACCUGGCCAUCAUCCACGAGGCCAAGGACUACGUCAAGGCCAUGGUCGACGUGUCCAAAAACACAGACUUCCUGAACAAACAGAACGACCUGAGACAGACUCCUCUCCACUUGGCGGUGAUAACGAACCAGGCCGACGUGUGUCAUCACCUCCUGGUGUCCGGCUGCGACCCCUCCCUGGUGGACAACAGGGGGGACACGCCUCUUCACAUCGCCUGUCGUCACGGCAACCUAGUGUGCUUCAGCGUCAUCACACAGUUCUGUCAGGCCGAGCGCCUACAAACUGUCAUGGCCGCCUGUAACUACAAUGGUCAGAACUGCCUCCACCUCGCCUCCGUUCACGGUUUCCUCCUACUGGUGGAGAACAUGGUCCAACUUGGAGCUGACAUUAACGCAAAGGAGCAGCACAACGGCCGCAGCGCGCUGCAUUUGGCCGUGGACCAGCAGAACCUCUCGCUGGUCCAGCUGCUGCUGAAACAAGGUGCGGACCCUAACCUCCUGACCUCUGGAGGCCAUUCGCCGUACCACCUGACCUACGGCUACAGCAGUGCUGAAAUCAGACGAGAACUGUUCCCACGGACCGACCCCGACCUGAGGGAGCUGCCUGACAGCGAAUCAGACGACAGCGAAGAAGAGGAGGAGGACAAGUCUGACGAGGAGGUCGGCUACGACGACAUUCACUGGAACGGACAUUAGCAGGAACCUGGUGGUGAAGAGGACGUUACUGAGAACUGAGGCUGUGAUGAUGACGGUCCAGGAGCGCAGACGUGACUCGGCUCAUCUGCACCUCCUGGACCUGACGUCACAGACGCCCCGUGGCGUGGCUGACACGGCGCAGGUGUUACCACGCACAGAGGAACCAGAGACUGGCCACUGGAUGUACCAGGCUGCAGGGGCUAACAGUGAGCUGACGCAGCGUGACUGGACGGCUAGGCUACAUGUUAGCAGGAUCGCAAACCAAACCCUCCAUCCAGACAAACGUACCCGCCCCGUCCAGCUGUGGUGUAUAUUGACCUUGUAAAUGCUGUGUAUACUGAGAUGUAUUUUUUAUGGAAGCUGUGAAUCUGUACAGUUGAGAAGGUUGUUUUUGUCCCACAGAGAACAGUCCAGCGAACAGCAGUUAAAUUAAAGACUCGUAUUUAACAGUAAA